GGUCAGCACCGGGACACGUGGCUCUCUCAGGCUGCAAAGCAGGAACCUCCUACCCGGUAUGCAAUACAGACAGCUUCAUCUUGUCCUUUGAAGGACCUCAGUCACUCCCAUUUCACAGAUUCACAGAUGGGAAAAUCCAGGCAUGCUCCCGUGUGGGCCUCCCCACCCACUGGAGCCACUCCUGCACCCACCGCCCACAGUCCAUGUGACUCAGCUGCCGCAAGUUGAGGCUUGGUGGGCCCAACAGGCGGACAUUGCUCAGACCCGGGAAAAGAGCUGCUGGGCAGGGCAUGGGCUCUGGGCCUGCUUCCCGGCUGCUGACCCUCCAGCGACACUUGGACCACCCUGAGCGCAGUGGCAUGGAGCCAAUGAGCAGUCCACUGACCACACAUGUGCUGGACACCACCUCGGGCCUUCCUGCUCAGGGCCUCUGCCUCCGUUUGUCCCGGCUGGAGGACCUGGGCGAGCAGUGGAUGGAGCUGAAGAAAAGCUACACAGAUCCAGACGGCCGCUGUCCUGGCCUCCUGAAGCCAGGCCAGAUGAAGGCAGGCACCUACAAGCUGUCGUUUGACACUGAGGACUACUGGAAGAAGAGGGGGCAGGAGAGCUUCUACCCAUAUGUGGAGAUUGUCUUCACCAUCACAAAUGAGACCCAAAAGUUCCACGUGCCUCUGCUGUUGAGCCCAUGGUCCUACACCACCUACCGAGGGAGCUAGAGCUAAGUAUGGCUCAGGGAGGUGGUCUGACCCAACCAACUUCCACAGAG